UUACAAACUGCCAACAUGGCCGACUUAGAAGAAGUUCAUCGUCUGCAGGAGAAACUUCGACUCGUACAACUAACGGCUACCAAACAAAAAUUAUCGGAAAGAAAUGUUGUUGAAAUUGUAUCUAAACUUGUUGAAUUUAACUUGAUAGAUGUAGUUUACACAUGUGAUGGCAAGGAAUAUCUAACACAUGAUGAAAUAUCUAAAGAAAUCAAAGAAGAAUUAGCUGUACAUGGAGGUCGGAUCAACCUUGUUGAAUUACAAGAAAUUUUGAAUGUUGACUUGAAUAUAAUUGAAGUUCAAGUAAAUAAAAUCAUAAAACAAGGAACUUUCUCAUUGAUUCUAGGACAACUUAUUGAUAAGAAUUAUCAGAAUCAGUUAGCAGAAGAAGUAAAUGAUAAAUUACAAGAACAAGGUUAUGUUAAAAUUGCUGAUAUAGUUAGACAAUAUGACCUACCUUUUGAAUUUAUUUCAAAGGUUGUUCUGUCUCGACUUGGUUCAACUAUUAAAGGUAGAGUUGAUAAAACUGACAGAGAUGUUAUAUUUACAGAAGCUUUUGUACGACGCAUGAAAGCAAAAAUAAGAGGUGCUUUUAGUGCUAUUACCAGUCCAUUUACAAUAACAGCUAUACAGAAUCUACUUGGUUUACAAGAAAAUUUGUUCAUGUCUAUUUUGGAAGAUUUAGUUAACAGCAAACGUUUAGAAGGAACUUUGAUGGGAUCCAUUUUUACACCAGAUAUUUACACAAAAUCACAGAAUGACUGGGUGGAUACAUUUUAUCAUCAAAAUGGUUACUUAGAGUAUGCUUCAUUACAUCGUCUCGGUAUAUCUGAAGUACAACAGUAUAUAAAACAGAGAUUUCAUCAAGAAGAUAUAGUUUAUCUGAGUUCAUCUUGUGCUGGUAGAGUUAUACAAGAUCUUGUUGAGGCUUCUGUUGAUGAAGCUUUAUCACAAGAUAGCUGGGUUGAUAUAUCUACAUUAUUACCAUCAGUGUUUAGUUCUAAUGAUGCCUAUCAGUUAUUAACAUCCUAUCAAAAGAAUCAUCAAGGUGCUUUUGUUUGUGGUAGAACAGUGAUAGCUAGUGAUAAAUUAAUAUCUCAGUGUAAUAAAUUAUUUCAAGAUAAAGUUUCUAAAAAGGCUAAAAAGGAUGCAUUAGCCAAUCCUAAAAUGUUCAAUCAAGAAGAAGAUAGAAGAGGUAAAGAUAAUGAUGAUUAUAUUGAUGUAAAAGAAGAAAGAAGAGAACAGAGACGUAAAAAAGCAGCAGCUGGUAGUGGAAGUACUAAAAGUGGUGGAGGAACACAAGGUCGUGAAAUAAAAACUAAAUCUACAAAGAAAAAAGGAGGGCGUGGUAGAGAUGCUGAUAAAGGUGAUUCAGAUGAUGAUUCAAAACAAAGUAAAUCUUCUCAACCGGAGAUAGAGUUUAUGAGUGUACAAGAAUUAUCAGAUGUUAUUAGAGAACAGCCAUUCCUUAGAGAUUGUCCAGAACGUUUAGUUAAAGAAAUAUCUACCCAGCUUUAUAAACCUUUAACAAGAGAGUAUAUAGAGGUAGCAUCCGCCACUUUAAAUGAAAUAGUAGGUACUAAAUCCAGUGUUGAUAGAAAGAAAACACAUAAUGAAUUACAAGAAAAAAUAACUGGUCUGUGGACAAAUCUUAAAUUAUUUGAAAAAGGUGUAAAAUUAUUUAAAGAUGAUAGUCAGGUUCAGUUAAGUAAGCAUCUUUUAAGUACAGUAGGUAAUGAUAUAUGUAAUAUAAUAGCCAAUGCUGUAGCUGCUGAUCAUCAAAUGGCUAUAGAAGAUGAAACAACUUUAAAACAUGAGGACAGAUACAAGUUAAUAACACAAUUACCAAAUAAAGACCAGACUCCAUUAUUAAAACUUCAUUUAUCUGUUAGAGGAAAGAAUUUAGAUGAAUUUUGUACAUCAUUUGAAACUCUCUGUGGACCAGAACAUUUGGGUUUAAUUUUGAAAAAAAUAGACAAAAAGAAAGAAAGACAACUAACUUUCAGUCAUCGUCAGUCAUUGGUUGCUCAAUUGAAAGAAGAAGAGGAUGCAGCCAUGUGUUUACAUCUAGCUAGUGUUAUAUUAUUCUAUACCUUUACACAGAGUAUAUUAGAUGCACCUGGUAGACUUGUACCACAAAUACUUUUAUUUCUAGCUGACUAUAUGGACAAAGAAAAACACCAAGUUUUGGUUAAUCUACAAGAUUUGGUUAUAAAAGACACCAAACUUAGGAAUAAUCCUGAAGAAGGUACAGAAGAUUUAGAAGGUCUUCAGAGUGAUAUUAAAGAUCUUGUACCAGAAGUUAAAGAAAUAGCUUUUACCACGAGAAAAUCUGGUAAUACAAAUGAGGAUUAAAAUUGUGAAUGCUUGAAUAUGGAGAUAUUUGGUUUUAUCAAAUACAUUUCCAGUGAUAAACAGCUUUCCAUUUGACCCAAGUCUCCUUUAAUAAAUUGUUUGUUUUGAAUAUUCUGUAUCAUUUAUAACUCGUGCAAUUUAAGAAUAUUAUUUAUAAGAUGUUGAUUAAAUAUUAAUUUAAAUGAAGAUGUAUGUUAAAAAUGUAUUUUAAUCUGGCAAUGGUUCUGUUUAAAAGGAUUUAUGAAAAUAAAAUAAUUGUAUUUUAGGUCCGGUGUAUAUGUAGGACUACCUUUCUAAUAAAUCAUCAAGAAAUA